AAACCACCGACUUCACAGGCGAUGCCACGUGUAUUUCCACCGCCAUCUCCUCCUAUACAUCACUUAGAAUUAAUGGACACCUGUUCACUCUUCCCGCCACUUAGUGGCUUUUUCUUUCACUGGUGUAAAAAUCUGCUGUCAUAAGCAAUUCAAGCAAAAGAACAAACUUACCUUGUUGCAUCUUCAUUAGUAUCUUACAAUGGAAGGUUCUGAUUUUGUUAGAAUUAAGAGGGGUAAAUCAGGUGAUCAAGAUAUCAUUAAGAUAAAGAGGACAUCGACUCCAGAUGAUGUGGCAUCUGUUCUUUUGAAGGAGAGAGAAAGGCAAGGAGUAUAUGGAGCAGGCAGAGAUGUUAACAGCACCGCGGAACGAGAGGAGGAUGAUGCAGAAAAUGAAGACUAUAAUGGUGAUUAUAUUGGAGCCAAAGAUGAGGAUAAUAGCGAAGUUGUUAAUGACCCUGAAGAAGACGGUGGGGAUGUAGAAGUCAGCAAUGAAGAUCAGAAGCAGCAGAGGCGUGUCAGCUGCGGAUUUUAUUUAGUUGAAGGCAAGAUGAAACAUGGGAUGGAAGAUUAUCUGGUGGUAGAAAAUAGGAAAAUGGAUGGACAUAAUCUGGGGCUCUACGCAAUAUUUGACGGUCAUUCAGGACGUGAGGUUGCAGAAUAUUUGCAAAGCCAUCUUUUCGAUAAUAUACUGAGUGAGCCUGAUUUUUGGAAGAACCCUGUAACUGCAUUUAAGAAGGCCUAUAGAGAUACAGAUAGCGACAUUUUGGAGAAUGUGGUUGGUGCACGAGGUGGCUCAACAGCUGUGACAGCCAUAUUAAUCGACCAGAAACUAUUGGUAAUGGCCAAUGUAGGGGAUUCACGUGCAAUACUAAUUCAGAGAGGAAAGGUCAAGCAAAUAACAGUUGAUCAUGAACCGGAAAAGAAGGAAGAAAGAGACCUAGUUGAGAGCAAAGGAGGUUUUGUUAUUAAGAGGCCAGGGAAUGUUCCGCGGGUGGAUGGCCAACUAGCCAUGACAAGGGCAUUUGGAGAUGCAAAAGUGAAAGACCAUAUCACAGUGGAACCUAAUGUGACAAUUGAGAAGAUAGACAAAGACACUGAUUCCAUAAUUUUGGCCAGUGAUGGCUUGUGGAAGGUAAUGUCAAAUGAAGAAGUAGCAGAAUGCAUUAGAGGGAUUGAGCACUGCAAUAAAGCAGCAGAAGAAUUGAUCACUGAAUCACUUAUGAGGGGGAGUCCCGAUGAUAUUUCUUGCGUCGUAGUGAUGUUUCACUGACCUUGUACUGGAGGUUAAUUAGCAGCCGGACCAAAAUGCGUAUGGACA